AUGGCUUUCCAGAAAGAUCUCUAUGAUGCCAUUGUGUUAGGGGCAGGCAUCCAGGGUUGCUUCACUGCUUAUCACCUGGCCAAACACGGGAAGAGUGUCCUUCUUCUGGAGCAGUUCUUUCUGCCGCACUCCCGAGGAAGCUCCCAUGGACAGAGCCGGAUUAUCCGAAGGGCAUACCCUGAAGACUUUUAUACCCAGAUGAUGGAUGAGUGCUACCAGAUAUGGGCCCAGCUGGAGCACGAGGCUGGAACCCAAUUACACAGGCAGACUGGACUACUGCUUCUGGGAAAGAAGGAGCACCCAGAAUUUCAGACCAUCCAGGCCACUCUGUCCAGGCAAGGGGUGGAACACCAGCUUCUUCCAUCUGAGGAACUGAAGCAAUGUUUCCCAAAUAUUCGGCUGACCGGGGGAGAAGCGGGGCUCUUGGACAAGUCUGGAGGAGUGCUGCACGCAGACAAGGCCCUCAAAGCCCUCCAGUAUGCAGUUCGACAGCUGGGAGGCAUACUGCAUGAUGGAGAGAAGGUGACGGAGAUAAAACCAGGGCUCCCAGUCACGGUAAAAACCACCUCCAGGAGCUACCAAGCCAAGAGUGUGGUCAUCACAGCAGGUCCUUGGACCAACCGGCUCCUCAGUCCCUUGGGAAUUCAGUUACCUCUCCAGACCCUGCGGAUCAACGUGUGUUACUGGCGUGAGAAAGUUCCUGGGAGCUAUGGUGUGUCCCAGGCCUUUCCAUGCUUCCUGAGCCUGGGCCUGGACCUGGCUCCCCACCACAUCUACGGGCUGCCGGCAGGAGAGUACCCAGGGCUGGUGAAGGUCUGCUAUCACCACGGCAACGAUGCAGAUCCCGAGGAGCGGGACUGCCCCUCUGCAUUCUCUGAUAACCAAGACGUCCAGAUCCUGUGCCGCUUUGUCCGAGAUCACUUACCUGACCUAGGACCCACACCUGCCAUUAUGGAGCACUGCAUGUACACGAACACCCCUGACAAGCACUUCAUUCUUGAUCGCCAUCCAAAGUACGACAACAUUGUCAUCGGGGCUGGAUUCUCUGGGCAUGGAUUCAAGCUGUCCCCUGUUGUGGGGAAGAUCUUGUAUGAAUUAAGCAUGAAAUUAACGCCAUCUUACGACUUGACACCUUUUCGAAUCAGCCGCUUCCCUGGCCUUGGCAAAGCUCACCUUUGACCCCUGGCCAGUAGCCUCUCUUCUGUGCACUAGAUCUGGGAAUAAAACUCUAUGCUGGGGAGGAGUUCUCAGAUGGAGGAAGUGGCCGCAAGAUGUUAUCCUUUUCUUCUGCCUCUCUUGAGUCCAACACUUGAUGACUGAGUCCCCUCCUUUCCCUGGCCAGCUCCCCAAUCCUACUACUUUCUUGCCCCUAGAUGGUUGAUCAGAUAUUUUAUAAUCACAGAACAGCAAGGAUCUCUGAGAUGAAUGUCUCAGUAGGAAGAGGGCAUAAGGACUGGCUCAGGAGACCAAGGCAGUUGUUAAAAUUCUCUUCCCUGAGGCUUAAUGCACUUGGGAUGAAUUUGACUAAAUCUACCCAGGGGAAGGUAAACAGGAUAAUUUCUAGUAGAUCAUUGGUGCCCUUGAAGCCCCUUUUCCUAAAACUAGAGCCACCCUCCAUCACAAACUCCCAUAAUAUCUGACUCAUCUUAAAAAAGCCACU